AUGGCUCUCGCUCGGCUCUUGGCUACCACUGAGGCGGUGGAGAUGAUCUUGGAGAACUUGGAUCCCCAGAGCCUGGUCGCCGCCCGUCGCGCGCACUACCGCUUCCGCAAUGCCGCUCUCGGCGCGCCCGCCUUGAGGCACAAACUCCUCCUCUCCGCCCACAAUUCUCCAUCGUUCGUCUGGCGGUACUUUCACCGCGGCCAUCAUGGCACCCACAGGAGAUGGACUGUGCAGAAGCCCCCAACUCGCUGGUAUAAUUCGCCGUGGGACUCAUACUUCACCAUCAAGACGCCGAACCCAACGGUAUUGAGGCGGACACACGAGCCAGAGUACUACAGUGAGCUCGGGAGGUGGAAUAAUAUCAACCAGCCAGAGUGGCAAACACUCCUCAUCGCCCUCGACGCCGCCCACGAUCGAGCCCGGAGCCACACGCCCUGGCAAGAGCGCGAAUGCUGGCAAGAUCCUGAAUUCAGAAUGAUAUGCUUGCCUGGAAUCGACCGGGUUGACAUCCGUACGAGAUUCUUCCCCGCCGAGCUGGACAAGGACUCGAUCUACCGCGACAUGUUCCUGUUCUACGAGUACACACCAAGCGUCAAGGUCCACUACCAGCUGAACAACAAGCGUGCGGGAGGAGAAGAAUUGUGGGGCGUGCAGCAAGUCAUGAACCCCGAAGGAGUACGAACGAGAGAUGUUGUCAACAUGCUGCGUUGGGAGAGUCAGGGAAUGGACACCAGUGGAGAGUGGGCGGUCCAGAUUUCGGUGGAUGGCGCGAUAUUCCCCUCAGAGAUGGAGAUGGCUAUGGUUGAUGAUGGAGAUGAGCAUGAAGAGUGGACGGCACGUCGGAACCCAGCAAGAUUCGAAACUACAAUGUCAAGGAUAAGGAGAAGACGGAACAGGAGUCGAUGA